GUAAAUAUGGACACAGGCACUAGAGAUUUUUACAUUGGGUUAUCUCUGGCUGUCAGUUCAAGCAUUUUCAUUGGUUCCAGUUUCAUUUUAAAGAAGAAGGGCUUAUUGAAACUUUCUCACAGAGCUGGUUCUGGUGGCUUUGGUUACCUGAAGGAAUGGAUGUGGUGGGCUGGAUUGAUUUUAAUGGGUAUUGGGGAAGCAGCAAAUUUUGUUGCAUAUGCAUUUGCUCCUGCUACCUUAGUAACACCUCUUGGAGCACUCAGCGUCCUCUUUAGCGCUUUUUUGGCCUCCAAAUGGUUGAAUGAAAAAUUGAACAUCCUGGGCAAAGUUGGAUGUUUGGUGUGUCUGCUGGGGUCCACUUUCGUUGUCCUGCAUUCCCCGAAAGAACAGGAAGUGAAGUCACUUCAGGAUCUCCAGUACAGACUGGCUGAUCCUGGCUUCAUAUCAUACUCAAUAGUCGUCCUAAUUCUUUCACUGACCCUGAUUUUCUUUGUUGGGCCCCGGCUUGGUUCAACUAAUCCUCUCAUCUAUGUAACAAUUACUGGUACGAUUGGCUCUUUAUCUGUUAUGGGCUGCAAAGGUUUAGGAGUUGGUAUUAAGGAGAUCAUUGGUGGAAAUACGCACGAAUUGGGCAAUUGGUUCUUCUGGAUUCUGUUAAUAAGCGUGGUCUUCUUCAUAAGUGUCCAGAUGGUGUAUUUAAAUAAGGCACUGGACCUUUUCAACACUGCAGUUGUUACUCCAAUGUUGUACGUUGUAUUCACUGGCUGUGUUAUAUUGGCAUCUGGUAUUUUGUACAAGGAAUGGUCGAAAUUACCAGCAGAGGACAUUGUGGGAAAUUUGUGUGGAUUCCUGACCAUUAUCUCAGGGAUUUUCCUCCUACAAGCUUUCAAAGAUCUCAAUAUCUCUCUUCCUCAUCUGUCCUCUAUGCUUUACAAUGAUAACAACAGUAAUAAUAAUAAUAUUAAUAAU